AUGGACCUGCGGGAAACGGUUUCGCUGCCCUUGCCUCCGUCGCUCCGAUCGCGUCUCCUCGCCGCCGGCUUUCUCACAGUCGCGGAUUUCCACACGCUCAAACCGGAGGACCUCGCUCGGGAUGCGUCUCUGUCCCUGGAGGAUGCGAAGCAUGUGUUGGGGGUGGCAGCGGGGAGCAUUCAGACGAGCAUCAUUCCCACCGCUGCUGGCAUUGCAGGUAUUUGCAUCUGUGGGUGUGGAAGCCCGAUCCGCGUGGGAGCUUUUAGAGGCGGAGAGGGGCAGAGGGAGGGUGCAGACGAGACGAUGUGUGCUGAAGUAGUGACCGCAAGUGCAUCCCGUCCCGUUCAUCCAUUUGUGUUCAGGAGCCCGAUCCGCGUGGGAGCUGCUAGAAGCAGAGAGGGGCAGAGGGAGGGUGCAGACCAUGUGUGCCGAAGGGCCUUAAAUGGAGCACUGUACGCACGUAUGUGCCUGUAUUGUAUCCGUGCAGGAGCGCGAUCGGCAUGGGAGCUAUUAGAGGCAGAGAGGGGCAGGGGCAGGGUGCAGACGAUGUGUGCUGAGCUGGAUGCGAUGCUGGGUGGGGGAGUGGCUCUGCAGGAGCUCACCGAGCUAUGUGGGCCGCCAGGAGUUGGCAAGACACAGCUGGGCAUGCAGCUGGCUAUUAACGUGCAGACGCCUGCUGUGCUGAGAGGGGUGGAAGGCGAAGCAGUCUACGUUGACACAGAGGGGAGCUUUAUGGUGGAACGGGCAGCAGAGAUGGCUGACGCAUGGGCUGCUCACUGCACUGCUGCUGCCACUGCCAUAGAUGCACCUACCCCAGAUACCACCGCCCCCAGUCAAGCCUCCAUCCACCACCAGCAAUUUCAACCCCACCAGCAGCACUCACAGCAGCAGUUUCAGCAACAACACCAACAGUCACAUAACCGGUCUCAGCAGCAGCAACACAUGUUUCCGAAUGCACCGGGGGCAGUGUCAGCAGCGGUGGCAUCAAAGGCGUCUAGAGCAGCAGCGCUGGCAGGGGUGCAUUACUUGCGAGUGUAUGACCACACGGAGCAGACUGCUCUCGUGCACUCGCUGCCGCACCUGCUCGCUCUGCACCCCAAGGUGAAGCUAGUGGUGAUCGACAGUGUCACAUUCCAUUUCCGCCACGGCUUCACAGACAUGGGUCUGCGCUCGCGCCUGCUGGCCUCCAUGGCGAGAGAGCUGCUCGCCAUUGCUGAUGAGCACAACGUGGCUGUGGUGUUGGUGAAUCAAGUCACAACCAAGGUGGAGGGCGAGGUGUCCCGGCUUGUUCCUGCUCUUGGCGAGAGCUGGGCGCACGCGUGCACCAAUCGCGUGAUCCUCUUUUGGAGCGGGGGACAGCGAUUUGCUCACCUCUUUAAGUCACCCUACCUGCGGGCGGGCACCGCCCCCUUUACAGUCACAUCUGAGGGCGUCAGGUCACUGCAAGAUGCACACAAGAGGCAGCGAGUGGAAGGGAGUGAAAGGGGUGUGUUGUUGCAAGGUCCGGGUGGUCACUAG